GACUGAAGUUCAGUCGUGACUGAAGGAAAACCACUAAACCGAGCGGGAGGAAGACGGAGGGAGGAGAGCAGACAGAUGCUAACGCCGCCUCGCCUUGUAAGCGUCGUGUCGUGUGAAAUAUGAGCCGCUGAGAGGUGAAAUAACCGAUUAAAAGCCGCACAUCUGCUCGCCGGUCUUCUGGAGAGCUGGUCGAACACACUUUCUUAUCGGAAGCAGCAGAACACGCCGCUGAAACCGCACAGGUGUGAUGGAGGGGAUCCCGCGAGGUUGGGCCGGGGUGCGCACCCUGCCGUGGUACGUGGCGGGUUCCCAGGUGCUGGGCGUGACGUGUGUGAUAAUCACAGGCGUGUGGAUGGGGCACUACUACGGGGGCUAUGCCUGGGACGGUUCAUCACAGCAGUUUAACGUGCACCCGCUCUGCAUGGUUCUCGGCCUUGUCUUCCUUUAUGGAGAUGGUGUGCUGGUGUACCGUGUGUUCAGAAAUGAGAGUAAGCGCUCAGUGAAGAUUCUCCAUGCUCUGCUACACAUGAUGGCCCUCAUUAUCAGCAUUGUGGGGUUGGUGGCAGUGUUUGAUUACCACAAUAGCUCUAACAUCCCUAACAUGUACUCUCUGCACAGCUGGUGCGGCAUGCUGACCUUCGUACUCUUCUUCCUGCAGUGGCUGCUGGGCCUGGCCUUUUUCCUGUUCCCCUGGGCGUCCACUGUGCUGCGGAGCUGGUACCUGCCACUGCAUGUCUUCUUCGGCCUGGUGCUGCUGGCCAUGGCUGUGGGCUCCUCCCUCAUGGGCAUCACAGAGAAACUGCUCUUCAGCAGCCAAUCCUCAUCCUCUAAGUUAGCUCCUGAGGCGGCUCUGGCGAAUGUUCUUGGCCUGCUGCUGGUAUGUUUUGUGAUCCUGGUGGGCUACGUGGUGAGCAGAGAAGAGUUCCGACGGCCCCCGAACCCCGAGGAAGAGGCCCUGUCUGUGCACUUUAACACCCUCGGUGAGGGCUCCGGCCCAAGCUCACCAUAACACAGCAGCCAUGGAGACGCCACACAAUGCCCUCUACUCUUCCCCAGGUUUACUUUCUAGCCUCCACCUUUCAGCCCCCACACUCCUCAGUUCCUCUGGACCAGACUGUGUCCUCAAAAUUCCAGCCAGGAAUCACUGUAACCACGGGGUCAGUUUUGUUCCACAAGACCAAGUAAAGCAUACGUUCACUAUGCUCUCCUUCAGUAACUGAGCAGUUUUGUCAAGUUUCUGAUUGGCUGUUUAACAUGAUUAACAAGCGAAAGACAGCUGGUCAUUCUCGGUCCACACUUGCAGUUUGUGGGUUUGCUUGAGUGCACACUAACAUGAUGUAUUCACGACUUUACUCAGUGCAUAAGCACUGGUUAAGACCAUGAAUAUAUAUUUUACCAUUGUUGGACAUUAAUGUUCUUCGCUGGUAUUUUCAAAACAGCAUGUUAUAACGCCACAAAUGCACAGUGUUGGGCAAACUACACAAAUCCAGUACUUGAGUGAAAAAUAGUAAAGGUAUACAUGCUCUAUUUAUAUUCUUACUUGCAUUCAUGUACAAAAGUACUUGCUUUUAAAUAUAUGUAAGUAUGAAAAGUAAAAGUAUUCUUAGCUAACAAUGUGUCCUCUUGGGUCUUUUUAGUUUAAGAAGUGGGUAAAAUUUUACCCCUCACCCUAACUCCUGGGAUUUUGGCUAUCUGAUUUAAAAAUGUUCUGCACAACUACAUGCCAUUUUCUUUAACUGUGAGAGCUUGUCAAAGUUGCCUGGGCCUAGUUACUGUUGCUAAGCUACAAUUGGAUGUUCUGCAUUUAGGGGAGGGAUUUAGUGCAAGAUGUGCUAUGACUGGUUGGCCAAAAAUCGGUAGGAUUAAAAAAUAGGAUAAAAAAGGAGUGAAAAGUAGGAUAUUUUACUGUGACUUGUAGUAGAGUGAAAGUAUCAAAAAAAUGAAAAUACUUGACAAAAGUACUUCAGUACAGUAAUGAAGCGCAUGUACUUUGUUACUGUCCACCACUGCCAACCCACUGAACUGUGACAUAUUCACUUAACCCUAUAAGGCUUCGAUCUGGUAUUCAGGACAGUGUGCAUUUAGUAUGGUCUUGUGCACUGCGCUUUUGCAAAUUUGCAAAAAAAUUGUGUUAUGGGACACACUCGCAACACUUGCUGUAAAAGAAUGUGAACAUGCACGCAAUUACACAAAACUGCAAGUGUGAACUGACAGGCCAAAUGUUUUGGUCUCCUGGAAAACAGACGGAUAGAGGCUGCUACCAAGUGCUGUCUAACACUGCCCCCUUGUGUGUAAGGAAAGUCAUUACAGGGUAGCUUUUACCGCAAAGAAAUAUAAUUUGAAAUAGUAUGCCUAUUUUUCUGGAAUGCAAAUAAAUCUCCCAGGUUUCUGUCCUAAGACUGUAGUAGGUGUUACUGCCAAACUGACCACUGCUGUAUUAGUUUUCAGUUGCAGACAAGGUGCAUUGGUACUGUGUGAUCUCCAAGAUACAUACAUGAUGUCCAGACGUCUGUAAAUGGUGUUGCUAAAUGAAAAUAUUAUUUCAGAUUGUUAUUUUAAAAUGACCGGGCACGCGCUAUGCCAAAUAAUUACGUGCCUUCCUUAAUAUUUAUUAGUGCCAUAUCGGGCUGAGAAACUAGAACUUACUUGAGAAAGAAAUAAGGUUUGCUGUUCUGAGUCAAAGGAAAUCACAUUCAAUGAUUCCUGUGAAACCUCAUUAUGCAGAAGUGUCUAAUAUAACAGGCUUGAACCAUGUUAAUAUUUGCUGAUUCUGAGUUUUGCAUGCCACUAACAGUUUCCUCCAUGUUUAUGUGCUUUAUUUAAAACUAUGUAAGAAGUGUUCACUGGCUGUCCAAACCAAAACCUCAAGUGCCACACACACUAUUCCACAGCGUAACGUCAGUGUCGCAGCUUUAAUAUCAAAUAUCAAAUGAGUGUUACGUUGAACUGUUGCUACUGUCUUGUUUUGCACUGUGCUGUUGUUUUAAUGAUUGAUGACUGAACAUAAAUCCUAAUAUCAACAUGAUCUUCACUUGAAAGUCUUAGAAUGGAGAGAAUAUAUGAAUGAGUAUGUAUUCCAUUCUUGCACUGUAUUCUGCAGUCAUUGUCGUGUUUAACUGUAUCUGUUUUGCACUAAUAGUACACAUUAUUCAAAAAGCUGUGUGUCUGCUGGUUUUGUGUAAUGCUGUCUUAAGUAGUGACAUUAAAAGAGCUUCACUUGGCUUGUGCCAAGUUUGAG